AUGUAUCGGCGACUGUUGAGAGAAGAAACGGGCAGGCGGCGCCGACUGGUUGACUUAUUCUACCAGAUGGAUACAAAUCAUGACAGAAUCCUGAGUGCACGUGAAGUAAACUGUUAUCUACGUCAGCAUGGUUAUGACGAUGCUGCAAUAAUGGUAAGUUGAUAGCAUGCAUAAUUUUAUGAAUAAUUUUCGAUUGGGGAGGCUUCUCAGAGGGGAUGAUGUGCGUAAUCUGGAUGUUGCCUAUGGCAGUAGACGCCACGUGAAGUUGAUCCCUUUCUAUUAUCUAAAAAAUAAAUGCUUAUUUAUUGUAUGCACAUUUCAAUAAAUGCAAGUUGUACUCAAUAAAUUGUAUAACGACGACCACAAAUGUGACCAAAUUAGGUUUUUUUCCCCGUAGGCCGCAAAAGCCCAUCCAGAAGUGUUGAUACAGUAGUUUUUGGAUUGGAGUCGACGAGGAUCACCCCUGCACAAUUAAGUGGCUGCAGUAGUGGCUUGCGCGCGACUUGGUGAUAGUGAGGCAGAUCGGCUUAGCAUCUAUCUCAACCAACUCUUUGCUCACCUACCGUGCAGUGGGAACAAGUGCAGUGGCAGACAAAAUCAAAUAAUCCGUAUAUCCGUGCAGGUUUCAGUGAAGCGGCCUCGUAGUUCAUGCAUGAGAGUGUCAUAUGGGUCAUAUUAGGAGGGAUUCAGUGCAGCCUGCCUUUCAUUUCUGAGAGGGAUCCAGGUAUAGCGCCAGAUAGUGACCUUUUAGACUACGACCGAUACAGCGUCAUGACAGGUUCUAGCGCGUUAGACCGAUUAUAACAAGAAAUGUGCUAAAGUUCUAUGAGUUAGUCUAUAACAGUACCGAUGUUUCUCAUUCUUUCACAUGUAAUGCAUCAGAGGCCUCUCCGAUUGACACGUACUGGCGAUGAAACUGGAUGCAGUGGCGGACAUGGUGUGGACCCCCGUCUAAAGUGUGUCACACGCACGUAUGAUAAUAGUUAAGUACUCAUGCGAACUCAACAAAAUUCGACUAGUGUACAUUAUUAGCCAAAGUAAUUAGUAUUUUGGCCUAGGACAAUAGCGUGCAACGCCGCUGAAGGCAGAGUAAAGAUACCAUAAAUACGGUACAAAUGGCAACCCUCAUUUGGUUUAUUUCACGUAAACGACAAGUACUUUAUUAAUAAUUUUGCGCAUGCAUAGUAUAAAAGGGAAAAACCCUCAAGUAUGUACUAGAAUUUCAUAUUUCUGUGCAAUUUGGUUUAAAUGGCAACAUUUUCAAUAAUCUGUCGCAGCAAAGACAAAUUUGCAUUGCAAAGACAAUAACUUGGAUGACAUCUCUUAAAACAUCAAACUGAGACAAAAAAUGUAUCCCAGAGACCUCUGUACCUAGGCACUCAGGCCAGCUGAAAAAAUACGAUGUAUUAUGCAGAAUCAAAGAAACUGCAACUUAGGGGUCUUCAUCCCUAGGCUAGCAGAGAUAAGGGAGAGAUGCGUAGACUUACAAGGGUGGAAUUACUCAACUUUUUGGUAUACACGAUUGGCUAGAAAGAACGUAAACACAUGUUGCAUGGUCUACCACACUGGCAGUAUAGGUACUAGCUAAAGGCCAAGACACGUGUUUCGCCGAUAUUUUGCCACUGCAUGACAUAGCUGCGAGGGGUCCACCAACGGUCCCUGUGUCCUUUCUGGUAGAUACGCCAGUUGUGAAAUUUCAGCUUUCUUGUCUCCCAAAAAGCAAUGCGUUAACUUGGAGUACAUAAUUCGAAAAGAAACAUUACAGGCUCAGUCUGGAAGUUGAUGAGAUAACUUCAGCACAAAUUCGCCAGCUUCAACGGAAUAACCACGUAGUAUUCAUGAACUGCCAACGGGCAAUCAGCAAUAUACGCAGUCAUUUAUUCGAAUUCUUUAGUUACUUGUUUUUGAAUAUCUGAACUCAACGCUUUAAAUGGAAAGCUUUUUGUGAAGACACUACCGCGAAAAUCAGUUGAAACAGAUGCUGGAGAAUUGGAUACAUUUUUUACUUAAGCGACAGAUAUUAGGGCCGUCUCAUCUGUCCGUUUACUCUAAGACAUUUUUAACUCCAAAAGUUGACCUCUUAAGUAUGACGGUCUGAACGCUAGCAAAGAUUCAAAGAGAAGGAGGUUUAUUGGGCUCGACAUUUUGACCGUCUUCUACGUUCAGAAGAUGACUUCAGGCAGAUUGAUGUAAGGUUAUUCUUAGUAUGAAUGGUUUCUAUGUCGUGGUGUGUCACAAACACCAAAGAGAACAAACUUAAGGCUUUUAGUUUUAGGCGCAAGACAUAUCACGACGACCGGCUUUUGCAUGCAGUAUUCACAUCUGUCUGCGAUGAAGAGGCCAUAUGGAAAUACGCACAUAUUUUUCGUAUUUUUUGUCCGACUUUUACGUAUUUGUUUCUGGGACUGGGACGAAAAAGGGGUGUCUAAUAUGCUAUGCACACGUUUUAAACCGACUAUGGGGCUACGUUCUUAACAGCUUAUUUCAGUUCUCACGAGUAACCUUUAUGUGCUCUCUUACCGAACAGAGUUUCUGGCAGACAUUCGAUCGUAACCGAGAUCACCAGAUCACGGCGGAGGAGUAUAACGAAGUGCUUGCUCGGCUUCCAGAUGACAGUGUUGAGUAAGUGCUCUAAAAUUUUAUGCACAUUGACUCCCGACCUCUAUUAUCUCCAUAACCACAUUCCCAGACGCUGCAUUCCAUGCUGUCGUCAGAAAUUUGUGUGAGUACGAAUCCUUAGUUUAUUAGAUAGCCAGGUUCUUGAAACAUGGGGAAAGGAACCUGAGGGAUCAAGACUUUUGACAUGGACUUUCAGAAGUUUCACCUUAUUAUGUCAACAACAACAACAACAACAACAAAAACAACAACAAGGACAACAUAGGAAAGAUUUUCACUUAUACUUGCAGCCCCCCCCUCAGGCGCCACUGGCUGUCCCAUCCGUCAAACAUGGCAGGCGUCCGUGCCCGAUUCAGAAGCCAGACUAGCAGAGCGUGGGUCCUAGUGGGCCAGAGAUCUGGUCCAAUGAGUGACUUGAAUCUUCACGCUGACAUUCGCCCUCACAACCCCAAUCCACGCAUCCGCAAAUCUUGGUGUUUUAUUGAGCCCAUAAGAAUAAUAAUUUUUAUCGGACGCAAGCGGUGGUGGGACAGUGGUGAUCCACGUCGCUUGCACGGAGUUAAGUGUCGGUUGCACUUUUUAGUGACCAAUCAGUGUUUUAUUGGUCUUUAGGAAUGCACCUGUUUAUAGUCUGACGUUCAAGCACCUUGUCGCCAGAACACUAAAACCAAUAGUUUACUGAUCUUUCCGCUUGAGGUUGGGCAUCAUGAAAGAUUGAGUUUAGACUCCUUCCAAGGCCUUUCAGGACGCUAUUCGUAAUGAUAACAGAGGCGCUUUCCACACAAAGCGUCAAAGAUUGCGCUGGUAGGGUUUGGCAUUACAAUACUCUAUCGCCUUCAGCGCGGUUUCCACGACAAACGCGACCACCAGAGACCUCAUGGACUUCUUAUGUCGGUCUGCUGAGUGCAAGUAAUGCUCGCCGGCAUAGUUGAGUAGUUUCAUUUCGCCAAAUUUAAGUAUGUUUUACCUUUUAUUCAUCCAGUCAUUAUUAAAUUCUUAAAAUUAUGCCAAGACACGCAAUGAGAUCUUAAUUAUUCGAAAAAUGUUAGAAUCUCUUCACUUAUCAUUUCAUUAUUUAAAGUUUGUUCGGAGGAACCGUAAGUACUACUGCAAUCUGUGUCUGUAAAUUCUAAAUUUCAGAAAUAAACCGUACCAAGCAGUCAGUCUGUCUCCUUAAACUGGCAACCUACCAGCAGUGAAACAUACUGGAAGACGUAGACUUCCAGGUUUCAGGGGAAGUUAAAAAGUACAGUCUGGGCAAGAAGUUAAAGGCAGCGAACAAGACAAAUGACACAGAACCCGCGUUUAUUUCUAACGGAGUCAUGCAUAUUGUUUACCAUUUUUGGCCUUCAGAGAGUUCAGCCCAUGUGUGCGUUAAAGAGAUCAUUAGAAAAUCUCAUCAUAGCACAGAAUCUUUGGAACGCAAAACCUGCAGAAUUGGUUUCAGUCCCAAGGCUGCACACAUCCUCCAGAUACUUUGCAAAAGUCAGUCUGUUGUUAAUGCCGAACUAAAUUUCCAGAAAGUCUCUUUUCCCUGUUCGUCUACAGUCUACCAACUGCAUUCUAUUAAAUCGCUUUCCCUGUCGCGAUUGACAGAUAUAAAAGCUUUAAUGCUCUGUUGCAUUAUUUAGCGUUUAUUUGCUUCUUUAUAAGUAAGCGGCUUUGUGCAGCUGCUUGGCGCUGUCUUGUUUAUGACCAUGCCCUUGACUCCCUCUACAAACAGGUUGCAUAACCCCGUAGAUAACAAAGGAGGACCUUUGAAAUUUAAACAUAUGCUGACGUAUGAGUAAUCUUUCGUCACACUUCGAAGGAUUAGUCCGUUUUUCAGGCACACGUAUCUCAAACAUCUUCAAGGAAACCUCGGUAAGAUCGCAGUUCGUAGCCAGACAUUAUGAAUUAAUACUGUCCACCAUGUGACCCUUACGGAGGAAACUUGUUAUCAGUAGGUGUGUUUCUACCGAGUUAGAAAGUUCGUCUGUUUCGGCCAGGUUGUUGAGCCUAGUGAGGGUUAGGAUUAGGCUUAGGAUCAAGUUUUAGUGUUAGGGUUAGGGUUUUAGGGUUAGGGUUUAUGGCUAAGGUUAGUGUUAGGUUUAAGGGUUAAGAUUAGGGUUACGGUUUGGGGUUAGGUUUAGGAUUUUUGGGUUAGCGUUAUGGCCUUAGGGUUAAGUUUUAUGGCUACGCUUAGGGUAAGGUUUUAGUAUUUAGGUUAGAGUUUUGAUUUAGGGUUAGGGUUAGGUUUUAGGGUUAAGGUUAGGGCUGGGGUCUAGGGUUAGCGUUAGGAUAUUUGGGCUAGGGUUAGGGCUUUAGGAUUAGGUGUAGGGUUGGGUUUAUGGUUAGGGUUGGGUUGUAGUGUUAGGAUUUUGGGUUAAGGCUAGGGCUGGGGUUUAGGUUUGGGUUACGGUUAAGGUCAGAGUUAGGGUUAAGGGUUAGGUUUAAGGUUAGAGUUAUGUUUUAGGGUUGGGGUUUUAGUGUUAGGUUUUAUGGUUAAGUUUACGGUUAGGUUUUAGGUUUGGUGUUUUGGUUAUGGUUUUACGGUUAGAGUUAGGGUUUUAUUGUUAGGUUAGUUUCCCGAUUCCGGGCUACGAACUGCGGUCUGACCGAAACCGCGCUCAAAUAUUAAAAAUUAGUGAGGAUUUCAAACUUGCUUAAAAGGUUGGCCGAGAAAGAGGCAGAAAGUGUCAUGGUCACCUCCGGUCCAGAUUCCCUUGUCGGUUAAGUUAACCGCACUCCUAGUUUGGAAAAAUCUGACUUGUCCCUCUGUGGUUGUUAACCCACUGCUUAUGAUACAUCCCAAAACCAGGCUAACUUUGAAUGUGGACAAUCACGUCUGACAGAGGACGUCUCUCUGAUCUCUGAUCCCCGUGGUUGUUCGCUUGUAGUUGCCAAAGUGGGUGUUGUAGCUUAACCAUGGCAACUAGAGCCAAACCUCGAGCUACAAAAGAGGCCAGAAAAUACUGGAAUGAAGACUGCAGGGAACCAUGAACUGCCGGCAGAGGCAGUGGCGGAAACUGUCAAGGCCAGGGUGUGUGCUGACAGAGUUAUGAUAAGUUUGCGGAGAAUCUUCGUGAUCUGUGGCCAAAAUAGGCUUUUGACAGUGAGGUCCAGACUUUUGUGUCCUGACGCGUUCGCGCUGUGUCAAACGAGGCAUAAAGCACUGCAACCGUCAAGAGGCCCGCGUGCGUCCAUAUUGAAGGCGGACUGGCAAACCAGCUCGUCAGUGGUUAUUCACGAUGACGCGCGAAGGAUUGUGAUGCUGAAAGACAUACGCAAGCGCGUUUGAGUGUUGGACAAAGAUGUUUGGUAGUGGUCUGCUACACACCGGCAUUCCAGUUAACAAUCGCUAACUGCCAUUCAACCGUCGGUGAGGUUUCUAGUCAAAAGGUCUAAAUAAGAGCAAAAGGGCUCUGUUUCCCUUUUCAGUUAGGCAUUUCUCUUGAACACUAGUAUGAGACCCUAGAAUUUUGUUUACGGAGGCGAAGAGUGUGCCGGAAUAUGAUAAAUCACGUGGAGAUAAAGUAAAUGAUUUCCGUGGAGCCACUGAGUCCGCCUUGGCAGAGCAGUAUUUCAAGCCAUUAAAGUCUUGACACAUCAAACCUUCCCUUUAACAGUCUCGAUGCAAAUUAAAAACAUGUAAUUGGCCGAUAAAGUGAGUUAACUAAACUCUGGACAGAAGUAAAUUGCAGUCAAAUGCAUUUUGACUUCGUAGUCUGCAUUUUAUCGUCGGUCGUUGUAAAACUUUGCGGUUACGAAGAGGCCGGAUGGAUAAGGAAAGCAUAAUAUAUGAACUCCAAGAAUUUCCAGACCUAUCCAGUGUCUCUCAUUACAUAAAAUGGCCUAUCUGAGAGUUUGAUCAAAAAUAUCAUGCAUGUGACACCCAAAACACCUGAGGUUUGUAGUACGUGACUACGGAAACGAAGUAAAUGUAGCUGGAUGACCUCAUUCUCUUUUUUCAUUUCAGUUCAGGAAGGUUUCGUCGUGUUUUUGCAGCACUUGACGUAAAUAACGAUGGGAGACUCGAUGUGGCUGAACUGCAGGCCAUUCUAACGGCGUUGGGAGAUCCAGUAAACGAGGCACUUCUUCGUGCCCUGUUGGAACUGCACCAGUUCGCUCCCGAUGCUGGCCUCUCUUUCGAAGACUUUCUUACAUUCUUCUCUGAUCCGACUUUUGUUUAG